GGUGAGGCCAUGCCUGGAGUACUGUGUUCAGUUUUGGGUCCCUCACUACAAGAAAGAUGUCAAGGGCCUGGAUGUGUCCAGAGAAGGGCAAUGGAGAUGUGAGGGGUCUGAAGCACAAGUGUUAUGUGGAGUGGCUGAGUGAACUGGGAUUGUCUGGAGAAGAGGAGGUUCAGGGGAGACCUUACAGCUCUCUACAACUACCUGAAAGGAGGCUGUGGCAAGGUGGGGUUCAGCCUCUUCUCCUGUGUAACUAUCGAUAGGAUGAGAGGUAAUGGCCUCCUUGCACCAGGGGAGAUUCAGCUUGGAUGUUACAAAAAAUUUCUUAUCCGAAAUAAUGGUCAGGUGCUGGAGUGGGCUGCCCAGGGAGGUGGUUGACUCCCUGAAAGUGUUCAGGAAACAUUUAGAUGUUGUACUAAGGGACAAGAUUUCGUGAGAAAAUACUGAUGGUAGGUGGACAGUUGGACUGGAUGAUCUUGGAGGUCAUUUCCAACCUUGGUGAUUCUGUGAUUCUAUGAUUCUGAGAUCAGAGCUCAUUAUGGUAGGUGCAAACAUAAGAUGUGGGGCUGUGUCUGCCCCAGUGCAUGCAAAGCAGCCAGAAAGAGACAAAACCUUUUAUUUUGUGGGGAUCUCAAGAGACCAAAAGCUAAAGCUGAAGGAUGUAGGAAGUGCAGGAUAUAUAUCCUAUAUCCUAUAGGAUAUCCCCUGAUCCUACAGGAUCUUUUGGGACAUGUAUAUAUGCCAUGGGGUGUCCUCUUUGGUUAAACAACUUCAGUGAGAAAGAUGGGGAUAUGUUACUCCCACCUACACAGCUUGUUGCUUAUGAUAUUUCUCAGACUGGUGAGAGACGUGGCCUUCAGUCUCUCAUUUUCUUUUUUUGGAAACUGACCUAAUGGCUACCUUUGAAGGGUACAUGUCGUUGGUGUAUCCUCAGAGAUGUGUAAUGGAGCAACUUUGCUUUUCUUUAGGGAAAAUUGGUAGGAGCUCAUUUUGAUGUGUCAAUUCUGGGCAGAGGAACACUUGAAGAUUUUUCUGAGGGCCAGGCUGUGAGAAUGCAGAGCCACACAUCCACAGCAUUUCCCCUUGGCUGGUCCAAUGAAAGCUGUUCUUUUGAGGAGGCUUAUGCCUGGGGCAAGCUUGCAAGGAGCUACCACUGGCAGGAUUGCCAUAUUAGGCUCUUUCUGGAGAUACCCCAAAAUGUGUCUGCAUCACACUUGGAAUUUCCAGUUGCCAUAGGAACUGGUCACCUGUUUGUUGUUAGUGUUUACCUCUGAAUUGUUCUAUUGCUCACUGCACUUUCAUCCAAUUUCCUAGGCAUGGGGUGACAUAAAAGCAAAAAAAGAGAGGAAAUUAAAGUCUGACUUUCCUCCUAUGCAUUUUUAACUUUGGUGCAGGGCAAAACAUUUCAUAUUUUGAAUCGUCCUGGUGCUCAUAAAAUGUUACCUGGUUCCCUCUGUCCUUUCCCAUCCCUUCCCGCCUACUCUCUGCUGCAGUUAUUGUAUCAUUAAAAUGUUUGGAGAAGACACUAUUCUGUCCUUAAUACUGAGCUCAGGUCUGAACUUAUCUGAGUUCUUUUAAGUCCCAUCCCCUUAUUUUAUGGAGAUACUCUGCAGAGGAAUUUUGGCCUUGAACUCUUGCAGUUGCUGUUGGACGUACAAACAGUAGAGAGGAUAAAAUCAGUAAAGGAGACAAGAUUCAGAUUCAUGGAUUGGUUUUCUAAGCUGGGUUUGGUUUUGUAAGCCACCCUUGUCCACUGUUCUCUGGAAGGAUGAGAGUGCCUACCUCAGCAUCUUUGGCACUGUCUGAAUCUAGCCCUACCACAGAGCUGCUCCUUUCUUCUGAUAAUACAGAGAUGAUCUGAACAGAGAGGGGAAAAUUCAUUCAAAUUUUGAUAGGCUCCAGUGCUUCUCAAAUAUGAAAACUGGUGCAGGACCAACUAAUAAAGUCUUUGGAGAGAAAAAGAUGGUUUGAGAAUGAAGGGCUACAGCACCCAGCCCAAGAAGUCCACUAUUGUGAUACACUGUGAAACUCAGUCCAGGAUGGAGAACUGCCCUAUCUCUAUCAUAACUAAAGCUAAUCCCAAGUCUCAUGGAAAUCACUGAGCUGUUGGCUGGUGCAGUGUGAGCUUUCCCUCAACGUCACAGAAGGGUAGCAUCCAACUGUGAUGUCAGCAGGACAAACGAAUUGUGUGCUAUCACAGCCUGGUUGCCCCUGCCAGAGGAUGUGGCUGUGGAAACAUCACUGUCCUCCAUAUUGUGAAGAGCAUUUGUCCAGGCGUGGGAUGAAAAUGCUUCUCCUUAUUUUCUGGUUGUUAACGUCUCUAAUCACCAGCAUCCAUGCAGGCAGUUCUUCCACAGCUUAUGCGCUCUUCAGAAGUGACCAGCAGGGCACAGUGGCUGGUAUCCACUCUGCAUACUCACACAAUGAGUGUGGCCUCCGACCGUCUUUCGAGUCCUUUCUGUGGACUGGCAAGAGGAUUACAGGUGGGAGAUAUGCCAGGUUUGGGGAGUUCCCAUGGCAAGUGAGCAUCCAGAGCAAUGGGAGACACAUCUGUGGAGGCAGCAUAAUCAGCGCACUGUGGAUCCUGACUGCAGCCCAUUGCUUUGCAGAUGAAGUGCCACCAGAUCUUAAGAUUGUAAUAGGGGCAGUUGACCUUGACCUCCCACUGGAAGUACAUGAGCCAAGCAGAUUGAUCCUCCAUGAAGGCUUUGACAGAGUAACAUUGAAGCACGAUAUUGCUCUGAUCAUGCUCAACUCUCCCAUUGACUUCACUGAUGAGAAAUUGCCCAUCUGCUUUCCCUACAUGGAUGACAUCAGUACGUGGCAACACUGCUGGGUUGCUGGAUGGGGAACCACAGGUGCAGGAUCCCACGUGCUGCAGAAAGCGAGGAUGAAGCUCAUCAGCCGGGAGGAGUGCUUGGACCAGAUACCACAGCUACCAAAGGAUAUGUUAUGCAUUGCACUGGAGCAAGGAUCCUGCCAGGUGGACAGUGGGGGACCCCUGGUUUGCAGCUACUCUCACACCAUGAAGUGGUUUCAGGUUGGCAUCAUCAGCUGGGGAGACAAUUGCGUGGCAAAGCCAUAUCAUCAGUUCUACGUUUCUGUUUACAACUACUAUGAGUGGAUCAAGACUGAGACAGCCAUGACGGGGAAACCUUUCUUAAUCGAAGGCAUGGCAAAACGUGUUGAGAGUACCACAGAGGUUCCUUCUGGGGCGAAAGCACAGCUGGUGUCUCUUGAGUCUUCUGUCCUUGUAUUUGUUUCUCUAGUGGCAACUGGAUUACUCUAGAGUGAUUUUUUUCAAAACAUAAUAAAAGUCAGAACGACUGUCUCCUUCUUUUGCU